AGUGGUAUUUUAACCACCAUUUGAAAAGUGUGAUACGAAAUUAGCUCGAACAACUUAACUUAAUUAUAAGUGGGCAUCCCAUAAAUGGGUUACUGGCCACUCACAUGACUGCCAUAAGAUGCAUAUAAUAUAACUAUUCAUUUCAAAUGUGUGUGUGAGUGUUGUGUUGCUAUAUAAGAUCCUCAUCAGCUGAUAGGGAAAGAUUAUGUUGAAAAGAAGAAGUUUAGAGAUGGAUGUGAGGAAAGUGAUGAGAGCAAUUGGUAUGCUAGUUUUAGGUGUGGGAAUGCUAAGUGGAAAAUCCUCAGCUACUUUCAAAGACUGCUACACCAAAUGCUUCAUUUUCUGCAUGAUUGAACCUUCUCAAACCCUUUGUUCCUGCACCACACACUGCUUGAAGGAUUGCAUCUUCCAAGAAAUCCAGAACGAUCUUCGUGAAGAUUCCGAUAACCUCGGCUUCUGCAAACUCGGCUGCGCCUUCUCCAUGUGCUCUACGUUCAGCUCCAAACGCACGCCCAAUGGUGACAAAGUGGAUAGCUGUGUGGGGUCCUGCUCCAACAAGUGCACCAAGAGCUACUCAUCAUUACCUUAAUUACAAGAAUUUCCUCUCAUGAUUUGUACCUUGAAAACUAAUUAUUCCAUGAUUUCAUCAGAUCAAAUUAGUUGGAAAAUUGCAGUCAAUUGGACUAUGAUAUCUUUGUGUAAACCCCAAUUUGAAAGAAGAAUUAUCAUCUCAACCUUUCGGAA